AGAUCUUCUGUCUGUCUUUCACUUUGACGUUUUGCUUCGGUACAAAACAAACUGACAAAAUGAGUGGUCGCGGCAAGGGAGGAAAAGGACUCGGCAAAGGAGGCGCUAAGCGUCACCGUAAAGUUCUCCGUGAUAACAUCCAGGGAAUCACCAAACCCGCCAUCCGUCGUCUGGCUCGCCGUGGUGGAGUGAAGCGUAUCUCCGGUCUGAUCUACGAGGAGACCCGCGGUGUGUUGAAGGUGUUCCUGGAGAAUGUGAUCCGUGAUGCCGUCACCUACACCGAGCACGCCAAGAGGAAGACUGUGACCGCCAUGGAUGUGGUGUAUGCUCUGAAGAGGCAGGGCCGCACUCUGUACGGCUUCGGAGGUUAAAUCACUGACCGUUCAUUACUUGAAACCAAAGGUCCUUUUAAGGGCCACCCAUAUUCUCUCAAGAGCUCGUGUCUGAUUAUAUUAUAUAUUAUAUUAGUUUAGUAAUCGCAAUGUCGAACAUAAAUAAACACAGAAAUCAACAUUUGCAACAAAAACAGGUGUUUGUUGAAGACGGGACCAGGCUGUUCGUCGGGUAGGUUAUAUGUCCCGAGG